GUGAAUCUGAUGAAUCCAAUGGUACUCAAAAUGAACAUUUCCAGUGUCAAAUUUUGAGAUGUCGGCUCUCUGUUGCACGAGCCGAAACCUCCCAUUUAAAAACCAAGCUUUCCAUUGCGGAUUCCAAAAUUUUUUAUUUAGAAUCUAAACUUUCUGACGCGGAAUCCGAAAUCUCUUGUUUGGAAUCGAAAUAUUACGUUACCCUUCUUGAAAAUAACGAUCUUCACACUCAGAUUAACAAAUUACAGUAUGAAAAUUAUGAUCUCCGUUCUCGGCUUUCCUCUUCCUGA